UCCACUUCUUCCUUUUACAGCAAAUCGUUCUUCGUAAAGUACGCGCUUAUACCCAUAACAGCAACCAUGUUUGCCCUUUGGUACUUCUCGUUAGCGAUGGACGAGCUGAGAAAGCGCAUUCCAAUACUGGAUAGAAUUUUUGCAUUUUUCACUGGUAAAAAUCGAAACGUACAAGCGCUACCAGAAUCGACGACACCUUCCGAUGAGCCGAAACCGAAAGCGUCAGAGCCAAAGCCCUCGGAAAAGCCCGCCCCCGUAGAACCAACGAAACCUACCCCAGAACAGAAGCCCGUUCAGUCACCAGCUCAACCACCGGCGGUGGUACAACCGGUUAAACCAACAGUCCCCAAACCGGAACCACCGAAAACACCCGAAACUCCAUCCGUUCCGGUGUCCGUAAGCAAACCCGCUCCGGUGGUACCGACUCCCGUACCAGUCGAACCUAGCAAAGUGCCGGAACCGGCCAAACCUGCCCCAACCCUUCCCAAAACUCCAGUAGUGGAGGAAGUGAAACCGAAAGAUGUCCCGAAACCGGAACCGGUGCCAACUCCUGCUCCUGCUUCCAAAGAACCCAUUUCCGUACCAUCCCUAGCUCCCGCUCCUGCUCCAGCUAAACUCAUCAAGGAAAAGAAGGAACUACCCACACCGACACCACCAAAGCCGGCGGCAACGUCCCCAACAGGUGAAGUCCCAGUUCUGCCAUCCAACAACGAAGAUAGCUUCAUCAUCGUCGAGCAGCAGAAACCGGCCAACAACAAACCGGGCCAGAAGCCAAAGGUUGAUGUUAAAAAUUCUACCAUGGACUUCCUGCAGGGCGAAGGUGGCCGUGGUGCGGUGGCAGGAGCUGCCGCCCCAGCCGUACCUCCAUCGUCCCUUUCUGCCGACAGGUAA